AACAGCUUCAUCUGAGCAGAUAUGACUUCCACGCUGGCUAUUGCUCUCUUGGCAGCCUGCCUGAUUUCUGCAUCUGUGUGUGAAGCUGCAGUCCUGGCAAGGAUGGGUGCAGAACUUCGAUGCCAGUGCAUAAAGACUUACUCCACACCUUUCCACCCCAAAUUUAUCAAAGAAUUGAGAGUAAUUGAGAGGGGACCACACUGUCCCAAUACAGAAAUCAUUAUAAAGCUUGCUGAUAAAAGAGAGCUCUGCCUAGACCCCAAGGAGAAGUGGGUACAGAGGAUUGUGGAAGCAUUUGUGAAGAGGUAA